AUGGUUCCUUCGCAGGCGAAAGGCUUGAGGAUCUUGGCUCCAGCUCCCGAUGCAAGGCCUUCUCGAGUGACAGACGUGGCUGUUAGGCCAGCCAAGAGAAUAUCGAAUGCGUGUGAUGCAUGUAAAAAACGAAAGACCAGAUGCCGUGGAGAUCACCCAUGCGAUAAAUGCACUCAAGCAGGUACAGAAUGCUUGUUUGCCAGAGGCGUCGACAGACGCAAAAAAUUUGCGUUGCACAAUACUGAGGAGGAGCUGAACGCGAUCCGGUUGCUUCUAGAUCAGUUGGUGGCCGCCUUCGACAGUGGUAAUAAGACAGAUAUUCAGCGGCUCAUCGACAUAGCAAGAAAUAAAUCGAAUACUAAGAAUGAUGCUAAGUUGCAUAAGUGGUGCAGCCUCCAGGACCUGCAAUCACAGCUUCGCUUCUACGAGCAGCUAACCCAUAAUUUAUCGGUGAAAUUCGGUACUGACGUUUCCAACUAUAUUGCACAUUCAUUGAAGAAUCCAUCAUUUGGAUCACUUCCCCCGUGA